GCUAGUCGACCCCAGGGGAAGUUGCAUGUUCUUUCUUGUUCUCCAGAAGAGGGACAUGGCAAAUCAGACAUUAUAGGGGCCUAUCCACCCCCUCUUCUUUGAAGCUACCUCUAUCUGGAAGUGUCCCUCCUCCUCAGAUACUUGCUGAAUGGAAACAGAGCUCUUUUGAAAGAGAAGCCUGAAUAUCUGUAAAAGACAGGGGCUUGUCUGUGUUUUUUUAGAUUUGUUAAGAUGGAGAGGAGUGCUGCGCUGCUCCUGGUUCUUGCUCUGGUCAAUGUUAGUUGUUGUUGUCUGGAUCCUCCCGCUGCCUACAGGUUUACAGGAGCAGUUUGCAGGCUUACCUAUCCCGCCGCUGUUGUUCUGAAUGAGAAAACUACUGAAGUGAUCCAGGCCGCUUUUCAGCAUGCCAAAUAUCCAAGCAUAGAGGGGCAACGAUCAAUAGGCUUUGGGACGGUGAAAUAUGGAUUCCACAACUUAGAGAUCCAUAACCUUUCUAUUGGAAAGAGUGAGUUUGAGCUGAAGGAGAAUGAAGGAAUAGGGAUCUCCAUUUCAAAUGUUUCUGCUGUAUUCAAAGGGACCAUCAACUAUGGAUAUGGCAGCUGGCUACUCGACCUAAAACAGUCAGUGGAUUUUGAAGUUGAGUCGCAAAUCGACCUGGUCAUCAAUCCAAAGCUAUACUGUGGAAAGGGCAAAGUGGCUGCAGACACAUCAGACUGUUACCUCACGUUUCACAAACUGAAGCUGCUCCUGCAGGGAGACAGAGAGCCUGGCUGGCUGAAAAGAAUGUUCACAGAUAUUGUGACUUUCACAGUCAAGUUAGUAGUGAAGUCACAGAUCUGUAAGGAAAUAAACAAUGUGUCUAACAUACUAGCAGACUUCAUACAGGAGCAAGCAGAACAGUUUCUUAGUGAUGGUGACAUUGGUGUGGAUAUCUCUGUGACUUCUUCCCCAAUCAUCAAAUCUGAUUAUAUUGAAUCGUACCAUAAGGGGUUGGUUAUUUACAAUAAUACGAAAUCAGACCUCAGCACCUCUGUGUUUAACCCAUCCCAACUGCCCGAGAACCGCAUGCUGAACUUCUGGAUUUCUGAUGGGCUUCUAGACCCGCUAAUGUCCGCUGCACACCAUGAUGGACGAUUAAUUCGCAAUAUCUCUGGAACAGAACUCACGGAUCUGUUUCAGACAGAGCUGUCUUCAGCCAGGCCUGAAGUGUUGAACAAGUGGCUGUCCUCCGAGGGUACGAUGUUAAAGGCGAGGAGUGUGUCAGUUCCACACUUGUGGACCACCACAGAGGGCACAUCUGUCAGAUCUGUGGCUGGAGUCGAGCUCUUACUGGACAGUCAAGACAUGCCAGCACUUUAUUUUGAGACAGAUGUGACAGUUAUUGUAAAUGCCUCAUAUGCAGAGAAGAAACUAAUUCUGAAGGCCACUGCAGAGCGUAUUUCUAUAACAAAAAUUUCCACAUCAGAAGGACCAACUGAGACGGAGGAGAACUUGAGAAGUUAUCUUCAGGAGGCUGUGGAAAAAAUGGGAAUCCCCAAAGUCAUAUCAUACCUGGAGCCAGAAUUAACUGCUUUGAUGGAUGAACAGGGGCUCAAUCUCUUUGACCUCAUCAAUCCUGAAGUUUUACCUCAGGAUGGGUAUGUGAUAGUCCAGCUGGAUUUUGGUUUUCCACAACAUCUGCUGGUGGAAUUCCUCAAAAGGACCCUGAAUUGACUUGUCAUCUUGUCUCAGUUGACUGGAUUUUGUCUUUCUCAUGCAAAAACACUUGCACACAUACAUCACAUAAACAAAAAUAUGAAUGAUUGUAUUAAAACCGACUUUCUGCCAUUGAAGCUUGUAUGUAAAGAACAUAAAUGCUUUGUGUAGCUGUUCAGUGUUCAAUUUUUUGUAAAUAUGAAAAUGUGAAUCACAAUAAUCUAGUUUUAAAACCUUAAGUAAUAUGAUCUCAUGACCUCCAUAAUGCAAUGUGGAGAUUAUAUUUCCAUUAUUAAACAUUUCCUGGUGCUGUCACACAUAAUUAGGCUAUGUGUUACACAUUUCUGGUUAAACCUGUUUUUCUUCUGAAUGAAAUUGGCUGUUACAGUUUUUUUCUUUACAGUUAGAUUUUUAAACUCAUGAAAACUAAGCAUCAACUCUGUUUUAUGUUGUUCUGUUUUAUUUUUAAUUAAAUUAAACUUAAUUGUAUACAAAGCA